AUGGGUUCAAACACGCCCUGGACCACUCAGUCCGUUAUCUCAACACUACCGCAUCCUCUAGCGGAAAACGGCUCCUCGCCCAUCCCAUUCUUUCACCUUCUAGAACGGCUAAAAACCACCAAAAGAGAAGGCUGGCGACGGUUCGAUAUUUCCAAUGGCGAGUCUAUAGCGGAUCACAUGUACCGCAUGUCUGUCAUGACGAUGCUGGCCCCGCCCUCGCUUGCCUCCAAACUGAAUAUUCUUCAUUGCACGAAGAUGGCACUCGUUCAUGACAUGGCCGAAUCGAUCGUUGGAGAUAUAACACCCGUUGAUACCGAAGUGACCAAGGCCGAAAAAGCGAGGCGAGAAGCAGAAGUGAUGGAAUAUAUAUCUAAGACACUACUGGGCAGUGUCUUCGGGGGAACUCCAGGAGAAGGCCUCCAGAAGAUUUUUGAAGAGUACGAAGAAGACAAAACGCUCGAAGCACGGUUCGUGCACGAUAUCGAUAAGAUGGAAUUGCUUCUGCAGACCGUUGAGUACGAGCGGGCCCAUGGUGGGAAGCUUGAUCUAACGGAGUUCUACCACGUUUUCAAGAAAAUACGGCUACCAGAAAUCCAGGCUUGGGGAGAGGAAGUUAUUCGAGAAAGAGAGGCAUUCUGGGCAGAUAAACCCAACCCUCCUAAGUUACCCCAGUGA